AUGACAGACUACUCCACUACUCCGGUCGUAGUGUCUCUCGAAGAGCUGCAAAGCGGCGCCAAAGACAGCCUACUGCCUUCGGCCUUUGGCCCCGACUCUCUCGGAGUCAUUAUCGUCACAGGACUGCCAAAAGACUUUGUUUCGCUGCGACAAAAGGUGCUGUUGUCAGCUUCUGAUCUGGCAGCCCUGCCGGCCGACAAACUGGCGGCAAUGGAGCACGAGCCGAGUUUCUGGUGCCAGGGCUGGUCCCGGGGCCGGGAAAAGCUGGCCAAUGGCGUGCCCGACUUUAACAAGGGCUCGUUCUACGCCAACUGCGCGUUCCACAAAGACCCCCAACUCGAAGCGCCACCCAAGGAGGAGACGGUGGGAUACGAAGAUAUGCACAUGUACACCGCACCCAACAUCUGGCCCCAAGAGGAGGAUCUGCCACAGUUCCAGACCAACCUCAAGGCUCUCUGUAACCUCAUUAUCGACGUGGCCGAACAUGUGGCCCGUGCAUGCGACAGGUACGUGGCUGGACACGCCAAGAUCGAUGGCUACACCGCCGGGUACCUGGAGGACGUUGUUCGCACUUCUACGACCACCAAGGCUCGAUUGUUGCACUACUUUCCGAUGCAGCAGCAGCAGGAGCAGGCAGAUACUCCAGACGACGCUUGGUGCGGCACCCACAAGGACCACAGCUGUCUCACUGGUCUGACAUCAGCAAUGUUUCUGGAUGGCAAGACUGUGCUACCCAAAAGCCCGGAUCCCGAGGCCGGUCUGUACAUUCACAACAGACAUGGCAAGGUGGUGCAAGUGAAGAUUCCUGCCGAUGCUCUGGCUUUCCAGACCGGCUCCGCCCUCGAAGCAGCCACCCACGGCGAGUUCAAGGCUGUGCCGCACUUUGUCAAGGGCGCCAAUGUUGCUGGGGUGUCGAGGAAUACGCUUGCGGUCUUUUGCCAGCCCUCCAUGCAUCGUCAGUUGGGGUCCGAGGGGUCUUUUGCUGAGUACUCUACCAGGAUUCUGGAGGGGAAUCAUUGA